ACAUGUAAUUGGAAUAAAUUUCCUGUCGGAAGUCGAACAUGUUCCGCGAAGAUUCCCUCGAGGUUACGAGAAAAAUACGUCAAUUCGCAAAAAAAUAACAAUCGUCCUGCUUGUGCAUCAUUCCAGCAUGAAUGUUGCAUUGCCGACAAAAACGCUGGCUGCUCGGUGAAUCAGCAAUCAGCAAGACAGAAAGAAAAUUUAUUCAAGGUGAUCAAUCAAUAAUAUGAAACGUCACGAUUGUUUUUUUUUCUUUUUUUCUUUGUACUGAUUAUAAUAAUUGCAUAAAUCGGUGUGCGUAAUAUUCUGAAUUUUUAAUAUUCGUAUAUAUCGUAAUCCUUUCUUUAUUUGUGCAAUUGCAAUUUUCAAUAAAAGCAGAAAAGUUAAUGAUUUUUCAGGGAUUUAAUGACUUACCAAAGACCGCUGAACAACUUAGCUUUCAAAAUCCUCCGCAACUUCCUCCUUCCUGCACAACCGUAAAAAACCUACAAGCAAACAACAACGUACGUUAAUUAAAUCUGUCUUAAUUAAAUUGUUUUAAGUUCCAACGACGUGAUACAGUAUACCCAUAAGUGCAGUUUCAGCAAAUGUAAGAUAAAUUACUUCUAUUUUCUGAGCUUACAUGACUUUUGCUGUGUAUCUACACAACUGUUAUGAUAAGUGACAAAUUGAUAUUGAUAGCUGCACCACUGAAAUCGAUAGUAAACGUAAUUUUGAUUCCAUCCGCUAAUGCAACAUCUCAAACUUGUGAAAAUCGAUUUUGCAAAGAAGUAAGUAAACUGCACUUUUGGUAUAUCGUGUCCCGUCGAUGUUUUUCCAAUGUUUCUCUUUCUUAAUGCAUUGCCAACUCACAGCAGGUUACAUGUGAAUCGCAUUAUAGCUCACAAGCUAUACUAUAAUAGAACUCGUAUUUCUACGAUUUCUACGAUUUAAAAUUAAUUCGAUUUAGCUGCAAUCAAAUUAUUGAGAUUAUUGUUCGAGUGUCAUGUUUAUAAAUGCAAUAACGUUGUAUAUUAUUUCCGGGAAACGUUUAGUUUCACAUACGCCGCACAGACAAAUAUUGAGUAAACCAUGGCCAUUUUUUUUGCCGGCAGACCAAGGCACUAACAUUCUCAAAAUAGCGACCAGCAAAUAAAACAAUCGACUCGUAAAAUGUCCGGCUAUGUCUACUGUUGUUCCAACUUCAAAACGCGCAGCAGCAUUUUAUCAGUUACAUAGAGUUCCGUCAGAAAGUAUAAAUUUUUCACCGUAAAAAAUAUUCAUCUAAUAUAGAAAAACAUUUUUUUUAUUAUAGAAAAAAAUAUUCAGCAAUUGUAUAAUUUUUUCACUCGGAAUAAUCAUCGCUACACCGAUAACAACAUAAUCCAUCUUUUUUCAUUCACAGAACUACUCUUUAUCAUAUUUAGAUAUGUCAAUUGAUGUUAUUUUAUAACAAGAUGGGUGAGAAAGUUUAUGACGCAGCGUAUUUUUUUUAUCUAUUUGGAAAUUUCCUGUCUUUUCAUCCUAAUCGCUUUUCAAAUUCCACCAAAAUAUCAAUAAAUUCCAAAGAGUACAGAAUUAAGAAAAAAGUUAUAAAGUUACCCAUCUGCCACGCAGUAAUUUUAGUUUAUAUACGAUAACAUCCGGCGAAUCAAACAUUAUCCAGGCUCUGCAGAACUGCGUCGGGACUGCGUUAGACCGAAACGACAACGCAAUGAUAAAGCGGCACAGCUCGAAACUGUUGAUGGAAGAAUGCCAAAAUGUCGAUAAAAUUAUUAACGAUGCAGCGAAAUCUUCCCAUGUGGCGGAAUCGCCGAACGUGAAAUCCAACGACGACGGGGUCGUAAUAAAUAAAAGCGAUAAACAAUCGAUCGAUCCGCAAACGAUCUGUCAGGAAAAUGCCCUGCCAGAGUCAAGCGUCGCGACGGAUCAAAGCCGACAAGGACGCGGCAGUAAACGUAAAUUGGACGAUUUGGAAGAUCGAUCGACAACGACCGAUCUAGAAAUUAGCAAUCAACAGAAUCAAUGGAGAAUGACCAAAGCGAUCAAGCCGCGCAUCAAGGAUACGCCGACUAUAUCUACUCUAGAGAAGACUGCCAGAAACAGAAUCAGAAACGGCAGAAUGACGAUGGAGGGAAGACCGUUCUCGAGAAGGCAUGUAUCUUCGCCGAAAUAUGCAAGUUUCUUGAGGAUGUAUCGUAAGGAGGAAGUGGACGAACUUCGCAGUAAUUCUUCGUCUCGGAGGGACGACGGGGAAAAAUUGCAACGCCGAAGAGGACUUUCUACGGAGAGCACCGGAUAUGAUCGAGCGAAUCCGCAAAUUGAAAGAAGAAUACCGACCCCGAGAAGCACAGUGCAUACGACGUACAAUCCCAUAAUGCACUCAUCGGCCACUGAUCCUAUUUUAGAUUCUAGCGGUCUCACAAUACAGCUCUUGAGGCUAGCCGUUUUAUUGUACGCGCCCGCGUUGAUGCCGGCAUUGAAUUCGUUGAUCGCGCAACAGAAUCAGCAGACGCCCUCGUCUUCUUCCUUCGAAAGAUCCAACGAUUUAUUGACGCAAAUCUUCCGACUGCUUAAUGAACAACAGUCCAUUUAUAAUUUGCCGUUCGUUCCGCACGAAUCUGAGAGGGAGUCCUCAACUUUGGCCGCGGAAACAAAUACCGAAAGUUCACAGACACAUUCCGAACAGAAGGAGAAAGAUAUUUCAAUCACUACAAAAGAAUCUGCUUUUUCUUUGAAGCAAGAAUCUAUUUCCGCCGGGACGAGCAGAUGGAACUCGAACAAUCACGUACAAAAGCAGGAGGAAAGAGAUCGAGAAUGGCGACUGACGUCGAUGUUAACCGAUUCCGACGUGAGAUUGGACAGAAACAUCUUCGCGAUGGAGGACUUCCGGAAGUUUAAAGAAUUUCUAAAGACUGAGAAAAAACGUUCGGAAGAUGUUCGAUCUUUAUCCACGAGAAAUAAGAACGAGAUCGUCAUGAAGGAAUAUUUUCGAAAUUGGUUGCACCGAUUAUUGCAACAACUUAACUCAGCGAGUAGUAAUUUAUCUGUAAACGACCAAAAGGCAAAAUAUUCAGAAGGAUCUUCAGGAAACACAAGCGAAUCUCCUUUAGAAGAGGUAAAAGAACAAGGAAAUAUGGAUCGUUUGAUAGUUGAGGAAUCGCUGGAUUCCUUGAAGGACGACAGGAAUAUCUUUACCAAAUAUGAGGAAGAGGACUCCGACGAUCAGAGGUCGUUUACUUCAGCUACGAGCACAAACUCUUCGAGAUCGCUGCAGCUUAAACAGAGCGAUGCGAGGAAGACAGAAUCGCGAAAUGAAAAUUUGCAAGAUUAA